AUGAAUCCCAACAGCACUUUGAUGGACACUGUAUAUCCAACCCAGACGGAGCCACCGAGCGGGAAUGCUAUGACCCCUCAACCAUUCAAACCAUCACAGGUGGGAGGAGGAGUACCAGUUUCAAGAGUUCGAGGAGAUACUACUAGCAUUGGUGCCGUUCGUCCCAAUGGCAGCUGUGUGUCGCCAAUCGAAAGACACGGCGACGGCGACGACGAAAGUAAUGAGGGUAGCAACAACAGUCAUCAGGAUCAAGAUCAGAGGAAUGGCGUUGGACACGAGCAAUCAUCAUCCGACGAGGAGGAGGCAUAUGACGAAGAAGAGGAAUAUAAAUACAUGGAACAGUUGAAUCGAGCGAUGAAAAUGGGGUUGCAAGAGGGCAAUUCAACAGAUGAAGAACAAGACUAG